AUGGCCUCAACAAUGCCCAAUUUCCUCACUCGCCUCUUCCGCCCCUUCACCACCUCCACCCGCAUGUCCCUCAACCCCGAAGGCCGCUCCACCGCCGACUUCCCAGCCAACGCGCAGAAGUGCACCGUAGCCGCUGGCUGCUUCUGGGGCGUCGAGCACCUCUUCCGCAAGACGUUUGAAGGGAAGGGAUUGCUGGACGCGAGGGUCGGGUACAUCGGUGGCGAUGCGAGUAGUCCGAGUUACAGGGCCGUUUGCUCGGGGAGGACAGGACAUGCCGAAUCCCUCCAGGUGACCUUCGACCCCUCCACCCUCUCCUACGCCACCCUCCUCGAAUUCUUCUACAAGAUGCACGACCCCACCACCCCGAACCGCCAGGGCAUGGACACCGGCACCCAGUACCGCAGCGCCAUCUUCUACCACUCCCCGGAGCAGAAGGCGGAGGCGGAGGGCGUGACGCAGAAGGUGCAGCGGCAGUGGUGGAAGCAGGGCACGGUCUCUACGGAGAUCUUGGAGGCCGGGCAGUGGUGGGACGCGGAGGAUUAUCAUCAGUUGUAUCUGCAUAAUAAUCCGGGGGGGUACGAGUGUCCGGCGCAUUUUGUGAGGAAGUUUCCAGAUUUGGUGUAG